AUGUCGGAUACUAAUCAGCGCCUGAUCGUCAUCACCAUCAAUGGCUACCGCAAGCCGGGGUUGACCGAAGAGGAACUGCAUCACCAUCUUUGUGAGAUACAUGCACCAAAGGCUACGCCUUUCUUGGAGAAAUAUGGAAUCCUGGAGUAUAAUGUGAUUGAUAACUUCAGCGCCGCCCGCCCGCAUGCCGAAUAUCUACAGAUGUCGCAGAAGCUUUCCGAUCACGAUUACAUUGUUCAGUUUGUAAUGAAGGAUGUCGAGGACUUCAAGCGGGUGUGGGAAGAUCCAGAGUUCAGGAAGAAUGUCAUGCCUGACCACGAGAACUUUGCAGACACGACUCGAUCUGGCGUCUGCAUUGGAUACUUGAACAGCUUCUUAAACGGAGGGAUAGAUCCGCAUGGCCGCCGGAAGAACUAA